AUGACGACGCCAUCCAACCCGCGUUCGUUUAGCUCCUCCAGCUCCAACUAUCCCCCCGCUUCCUCCUCCUCCGACUACUCCCCAACCUCCACCAGCACGCCCUUUGCUACGCCCGCCACACGCGCAACCAGCAUCGCUCCUAGCACCUUCUCGCGCUCCGGCCCGGGCAACCGACGCGCCAAAUUCUCCAUGCUCACCAGCAGUGCCGCCGAAAAGUCCUUGGUCCAGGCUAUCCAUGCAAGCCCCACUCCCUCUGGAUCCCGCUCUGCGACCCCCGCUAGCAUGGAAGAUCCCGCCAAUUCAUCCUCCGCUACCGACGAUUCCGCAGAUGCCUCCGCCACAGCGCUCAGCACGCGUGCCCCUUUCCGACCCGUCGCACGCGGAAGGCCUGCAGCAGCACUCGGUGCGUCCAAAGCAGCCGCACCGCGCACUCUGUCCAACGCGUCUGCAUCCGCACCAUCCUCCACCACCCUCAGCGCGACCCCAUCCACGUCGGCUUCCAAGCUCCCAUCCAGCCCUGCUUCCACGAGUGCAAGUGCCGCUACUCCCGCUGCGAGCGAGAACGGCCCAGCGAUGUCCAAGGACGCCGAAGAUUUCUUUGCGCGCGCGCAAGCCAUGGGUCUCCGCCUCACCAGGGAGGACUACGAGCGUACCAAGGCUGGCGUCGCCGCUUUCCUCAAGGCCGAACGCCGCCCCGUCGCGCCAUCGUCUGCCAACGCCAGCGUUGUUGCUACACCAAAUGCUUCCGAGUCGAAAGCAACGUCGGCUGCGCCCAGCACCUCUGCCGCCGGAAAAGCAGCAGGCACCAGCGAGCCAGCAACCAAUCCGAGCAGCACGACAGAGACCAAGCCUGUCGCCCUUCCGUCCCGUUUGGCCGCGCCGUCGCCACUAGCACGCACUGGAGCUCCCAACUGGUCUCGCAACACAAGCAGCCCCGGUCUUUCUUUCUUCACCGCCGUCAUCGAGCCCCAAGACUCGCCCGUCUUGCCCAAGGUCCACCCCAGCCUCGAUCACGUCGGCAGCGCAGAGGAGAGACGCCGUCUCAAGAUCAAGAAGCAGAAGCUACGCUUGCGACUCGAGCGCGAACGAGCUGCCGCCGCCGCCAACGCCGCCAGCGGCUCUCACAAGGGCUCGCAAAGCCUCUUGGGCACGCCCGUCUCGGUCGGUGCGCAGUCCUCGCCAGAGGCUGGCUACGCCCCUACCUUCCGCACCCCACCCACCAGGACGCACACCAAGAGGGGAAGCUGCAGCAGUGUCAAGUCAGCCACCCGCGUCGGUCUCGGCCUCGACCUCGUCGGCAGCGAUUCCACUUCCAGCUCCGACCCUAUCACCCCACCCGAGGCGCUCCAGAGUGCCUUCUCCAGCCGCAGGUCGCGGGGUCGCACCGUCUCCUUCGAAUCUUCGCCCGUCAUUCGUGUCAGCGAAGAGGUGAGGCACUGCACAUCACUCGAAGAGCUCAGCCGUCGCGCAUGGGUCAGCCCGCGUGGAACCCUGCGCCUGCUCAAGUCUCCCGUCGACCACACCGGCGUCUUCUGCAGCCCCGUGCCCGACGUCGACGACUCGGGCGUCUUUUUCCACGCCAACGAGUCUGCUACGCCCGUCAUCGACGCCAAUGGUGGCCUGGCAGCCGACGGCUGGGGCACAACCCAUCGCAGGACUUUCUCCGAGAGCUCCGCCGGUACCACAGCGCCAGGCGCACUCGAGAGCCUGGAUGUCAAGAUGAGCGGCCUCAGCUUCCUCGACAAGAUCAUGGCGCAGCAGACCAGCCCCAGGCGCCUCUACAAAGAAGAGAAGCGCAGGCAGAAGGAAGCCGCCCAACGCAAGAUGGCCGAGGAGCAGGACAAGGCACACCUCGCUGCACAGCAGGCCGCCGAAGCUGCUGCGCGCGCAGAGUACGAAGAGAAGGAGGCUGCCAAAGCAGCCGCAGCUGCCGACGCCAUCAAGGCCGCCAACCCGGACUAUGCUUCGCUCGUCAUCAGCACGCCUAACGCGUCCAAGGUGUCGCGCAGGUCGCCAGACUCGGUGCUCCGCGCCACCCCCGCCGAAUCCUCCUCGUCCCGCGCGUUGCGAUGGACCACGCUCGGUUCGAGUCCGGCCAACCUGCAUAUGCGCAUGACCACGCGAGAGCACUACGACUUCACCAUGCACGGCAUCUCGCCCAGCCAGCCGGGCCUCGACUCGCUCGAAUCGCUCUGCCACAUCAACUCGACCCCAGGUCCCAUCACCUUCUCCACCUGGGAUGCCGAGCCGCUCUCGACCCUGCGCAAAGGCACUGAAGCCAGCCGCUCUAGUCUACGUGCUGCAUCGGCGGCAACGCCGGCGGCCCAUUUCCUCCUCGCCCCCGAAGAUGCUCGACCAGAGCUCAUCGGUGUCAGUCCGAGCGUGGGCGGCUUCUUCCAUGCGCGCCAGGCCAGCGCACAGGGCCACGCAAACUCGUCACUGAUGCGCUCGUCCUCGCACGGCAUGGCCGUCAUGUCGCCUCUCUCGGGCCGUCUGGUCACAAACGUCGCAAGUCGCAUCAGCGACCUCGACUUUGACGCCGACGAUGACAUCGGCAUGCACAAUGCCAACGGUCUCAGCAAGCCUUUGGGCCUCAACGCAAAGCGUGGCCUCCUGUUCACCGCGCCUGGAGGUACGGCGCUCGAUCCCCCGCCUUCCCUCGCAGAGGCUGCUAGCAUCGAAGAUAUGCCCGGCAAGAUCUUCUCGCUGUCGUCCGCAUCGCCCUUGCGCCUGGGCCGCUCCCUCAGGGCAGGCAACUCGGGAGAUGAGAUGAUUGGUGGCAAGCUGCCUUUCGCAAGCCCCCGAAGCGCCCUCGUGCGAGCCCAGUCCGGCAGCGCCAUCGUCUCUGGACGAGACCGCCAGCCCUCGGGCAACAUUCGAGACUUUUUGGGUGCCAACGUCAGCGGAAGCAAGCACAAGCGUGCCGGAUCGCGCAAGAUCGAUACCAUCAGCCCGGCCGACGUCUUUGGCUCGAGCCUGGCGCGAACCAUCUCGGCGCCUGCCGUGGAGACGCAGCUGCCACUGCCCGAGCCCAGCAAGGGUGAUCGCGAUUUCGGCGCUCCGUCGCAGCACACGCAGGUAGGCAAGAAGGGCAAGAAGGCUGCCGAGGACCGACGGGCUCAUAGCCACUCUCCUCCCUCACCAAGCAAACAGCUCCCUGCCCAAGGCGGAGUAUCGAUCGUGAUCCAGCCAGCCUCGGCGGUGGUUGGGCACCGUGCAGGAAGUGCAGAGCCUUCCAUCGAUGCUUCUGCAGUCGCACCGACCUUCGCGACUCAGUCGGCAGCCAUCGACGGAACGGACAAUUGUGGCAUCGUCGGCCCCCCGACCGGCUCGCAGACCGGCUCGACGAAGAAAGCCAAGAAAGCCAAGGCCACGUCGGGAUCUGCGACCGAUCCAGCCGCUUUCAAGGUCGUCGACCUCCCUCGCCAAGACUUCGAGCGCAUGACCAAGAUCUCGCCCGCCGUGCAAGAUGGCGAAGAGAUUGGGUGGAACCAGCCCGAUGGAAGUCGCUUGGUCAAGCUCGUCUCGGAGGAGCUCAAGGCGGCUCUCGAAGCCGGCACGCUGCUCGAGGAGCCUCCGGCGCGCUACUACCUCCUGCCGCCUGGAUACGGCCAGUCCAAGGCCAAGCCGAGCUCGGUGUCGUACGCUGGCCUCAUUGGCCAAGCCAUCAAGUCGUCGUCGGACAUGCGCCUCUCGCUGUCCGAGGUGUACGACUGGAUCAGCUCCACAUACCCCUUCUUCGAAAAGGGCGACCGCGGCUGGCAGAACUCGAUCCGCCACAACCUGAGUCUCAACAAGAGCUUCAUCAAGAUCGAGCGCGAGGCCAAUAUGCCCGGCAAGGGCGGCUGGUGGGGCAUCAAGCCUGGUCACGAGGAUCGCUUCCAGAACGGUCUCUACAACGCCGUCCCACAAAAGUUCGAGGCGGCCAAGGCGCGACAGCAGCAGCAGCUCCUGCAGCAGCAAGGUCAGACCCAGCAGGGUCUUGACUCUCCCGACGCUGUUGAGACAGGCUUGACUGUCCCCGAGUCCUCGCAGAAAAGCACCGUCGGAUCCGAUGCAGCGGAGGGCAGCGCCAAGAAGCGCAGCAAAGCCAAGCGCAAAAAGACACAGGCAGGCCAGGCUGGUGGCGACAGCGAGGACGAGUCGCAGCGCGAUGAGAAUGCCCAGCCGUCGAAGAAGGCCAAGAAGGACACGCCGAUCGUGUUUGCGGACCGUCUGCCGCUGCUCGAGACGCAGCCUCAAAACGGAGGCCACCUGGGCGAUGGGCCCAUGGCAAUCCAUGGCAUCGAGACGAUCACACCGGUGCGUCCGCAUGUUGGUUCGUCGAUGUACAGCAGCAGCAUUGCCGGGAGCAACUACAGCAAGACGCUUCCGGGCCUGGUCGACAGCGCCAGCAGCCCUCCCAGCAGCCCCUUUACGCUGAUGCCGCCGCCCUCAAUGCAGGCGACAGCGCACCACAGUGCACGAAAGCGCAAGAUGGCCGGCAACGGCAACGGGCAGCUCGGCUACGGCACCGGCUUCUCGCCAUCGGUCUACGGCGGCCAGGGCUCGCCGUUGAAUGGAGCGCGGAGCGGCGCAUACCGCAACGCGAUGCGCGGAGGCUCGGCGCUGGGCGGCGCGUUUGCAUUCUCGAACGGCAUGGACAGCGACGCUUCGCGCGGGUCGCCACUGCGUCGACAGACCAAGGGCCUGAGCGGCGAGAGCGCCGGCACGACCGCAAACAACUCGUCGGUGACGUCGCCAAAGCGACUGUGGUCGAUCAGCUCGCCCAUGUCGUCGAUGCGUGCGUCGAUGGGCGCGAUGGGCGCGCAGAAGGGCAUAGACGAGGGCAUGCGCUCGCCCACGUCGGCAGCUCGCGUGGCGGCCGCGUUGGCGCACAGCCCGAUCCGCAGUUCUCCGCUGCGCAGCGGCGCCGCCGGCAUGAUGUCGCCCAACUCGGGCGCACGGCUGCAGAUGCAGCUGGCCAUGGGAGGCUUUGGCGGUUCGGGCUUUGGCGCCGGGCUGGGCAUGGGCUCGGGAUUGACGCCUGGCCGCACGCCUGGCUCGCUUCGUGCAUCAACGGGGCUCUCACCCGGCCGCCGCGGUCUUUCGACACACGCGCAGAUGCUCGGGAUGAGCAUGGGCGGCGGCGCACCGCAGAACAUGCAGCAGCAGGCAUGGUAUUUGGACGAUCCGUUUGAUCUGCAGCCAGGCGUGCAGCAGCACCAGCAGCCGCACGCGCAGAUGAACCAACACCACCAAAUGCACGCGCAGCAUGGUCACGGCGGCAUGGACCCGGGUGCAUCCGGAUACGGUGCGUUUGGCACGAGCGAUGGCGUCCCUGCCAGUCCACUGAGGAUGGCCUGGAACAGCAUCCAGGCCGCUGGAGGCAUCCAGGCGUUCACCGCUGCGGCGUCCACUGGGUUUUCGCAGUCCGCGAGCGGCAGCUGGAUUGCAGCCAGAAACCUCGCUGGACUCUACCCCGGCGGCCGGAUAGCGCUGCUCCUUACCCCCUCGCUCUGGCUCUGGAUGCACGGCUCAUCCGACGCUGGCGCUUCCCGCGAGUCACCAACAAACCCAACCGCUAUCGAGAUGCGUGCUGUUCUUGCUGCCUCCCAGCCUAUAAAGCGCUCGUUGGGUCGUGGAUCUGCCCCAGCAGCUGCCACCGUCACCCUCCCACCAACCUCUCAUCGCUCGUUCACCACGGCUCCUUCCCGUCAGACCGCUUUCCGACCUACCAUGCCUGCUGCUAGCUUUGACGCCGCCGCGUUCGGCGAGACGCACAUCACCAAGGGCAUCGGCCGCCUCUCCAAGCAUGUCUUCGAGGACGGCAAGGGCUCGUGGAUCACCACGGACAAGGGCGUCAAGCUGCUCGACAUGACCGCCGGCAUCGGCGUCUGCAACCUCGGCCACUGCCACCCCAAGGUCACCGAGGCUGCCGCAAAGCAGUGCGGCAAAAUCACCCAUGCUCAGGUCAACAUUGGAUUCUCGGCGGCGCAGAUCGAGCUCAUCCAGCACCUGCUUCCCAUCCUGCCGCACCCUUCGCUCGACACGCUCUUCUUCUGGAACUCGGGCGCCGAGGCGGUCGAGGCGGCCAUCAAGCUCGCGCGUGCGGCCACCAAGAAGCAGAACAUCAUUGUCAUGCAAGGCUCCUACCACGGCCGCACGGCUGCCACUGCGGCGCUCACCCGCUCCAAGACGAUCUACGGCGAGGGCCACGGUCCGCUCAUGCCCGGCGUGUUUGCCACCUCGUUCCCCUUCUACGCGCACUUUGGCCUGCCGGCGUCGACGGACAUCGAGGAGCUCGUGCGCCAGUCGCUGCACCAGGUGCGUCUGACGCUGCAGCAGCAGACGGCGCCCAGCGACACCGCCGCCAUCCUCAUCGAGCCCGUGAUCGGCGAGGGCGGCUACGUGCCUGCGCCCGCGAGCUUCCUGCACGGCCUGCGCGAGAUCUGCGACGAGCACGGCCUGCUGCUCAUUGCCGACGAGGUGCAGAGCGGUUUCGGCCGCACGGGCACCAUGUUCGCCGUCGAGGAGUCUGGCGUGCGUCCCGACGUGCUCAUCUUUGCCAAGGGCAUCGCUAACGGCUUCCCGCUGUCCGGCAUUGCAAGCACCAACGAGCUCAUGUCGCGCCAGAAGCCCGGCUCGAUGGGCGGCACCUAUGCGGGCAACGCCGUAGCGUGCGCAGCCGCUACCGCCGUCAUCAAGGCGUUCAAGGACGAGCAGAUUCUCGACAACGUCGCGGCGCGUUCGCAGCAGCUCGUCGGCUUCCUCAAGGAGCUGCAGCAGGAUCCCAAGCACGGCCACCUCAUCGAGGACGUGCGUGGGCGCGGUCUGAUGAUCGGCGUCCAGUUUGCUACCAACACCACCAACCCCGCCUCGCAGAACACCACCGCCGCCAAGGGCGCCGCAGCACCCCAGAUCGCACCCAAGAUCGUGGCGCAGUGCCUCGAGAGGAACAUGCUGCUGCUCAGCACCAGUGUGUUUGACGUGCUCAGGUUCAUCCCCGCGCUCAACAUCUCGGAGGAGGAGCUGGCACAGGCGUGCAGCAUCUUUAAGGAGGCCUUCCACGCCGCAGCCAAGGAGCUCGGACACUAA